GCAGGAUUAAUGCUGCCGUCCACUCUUGUCACCAUUUCCUGCAGGUGGAAGAGGACGUGGACGCCUCCCAACCUUCCUCACCGAACACACAACAGUCUACUUCCCUCCAUUUGGAUCUGUGGCUCCUGAAGAACAAACACAGAAUAAAGAGGAAGAUGAGGAGGAGACUGAUGAUGAGGGUGAAAGAAUGAUAGAGUGAGUGACAGAGAAAAGGUAGAAGGAGUCACAAACACAAACACAUAAACAGGUAAUAAACAGGUGCAGUGAUGGCGGCGUGGCUCGGCCGGCUGUCUUUGGGCGACGCCUGGUACAACAUGUAUUCCCGCCUCCUGCGGACCAAACCUGUGGGCUCCAUGGCUACCAGCUCUGACGACCUCACCGAGCUGGCGGAGGGGUCGCCGGUCGGGCUCGCCAAGGUCCUGACCACCGUGGACCUGGUGUCGCUCGGGGUGGGCAGCUGCGUCGGCACCGGGAUGUAUGUGGUCGCCGGGCUGGUUGCCAAGGCCAUGGCUGGGCCCGGGGUCAUCCUGUCUUUUAUUAUUGCAGCGUUGGCAUCCAUACUGUCAGGUGUGUGCUACGCAGAGUUUGGUGUCCGUGUCCCCAAGACGACUGGCUCGGCCUACACCUACAGCUACGUGACGGUCGGGGAGUUUGUGGCGUUUUUCAUCGGCUGGAACCUGAUUCUGGAGUAUCUGAUUGGCACGGCGGCGGGGGCGUCCGCUCUCAGCAGCAUGUUCGACUCUCUGGCCAAUCACAGCAUCAGCAACUACAUGAUAACACACCUGGGCACGCUCAGAGGACUCGGUAAGGGUGAGGACACGUACCCCGACCUGCUGGCCCUGUUUAUCGCCCUGCUGGUCACAGUAGUAAUCGCGCUUGGUGUGCGUAACUCAGUGAUCUUCAACAACAUCCUCAACGUGGUCAACCUGGUGGUCUGGGUCUUCAUGAUCAUCGCCGGACUCUUCUUCCUUUCCGCCAGCAACUGGGGGAGCGGCAAGUUCCUGCCCUACGGCUGGUCCGGGGUGAUGCAAGGUGCAGCGACGUGCUUCUACGCCUUCAUCGGCUUCGACAUCAUCGCAACAACAGGAGAGGAGGCGAAAAACCCAAACACCUCAAUCCCGUACGCCAUCACGGCCUCACUGGUCACCUGCCUCACGGCCUACGUGUCGGUGAGCGUGAUCCUGACUCUCAUGGUCCCCUACAACAUGAUUGAUGGCUCGGCUCCUCUCAUGGAGAUGUUUGCAGUGCACGGCUUCCUGUGGGGGAAAUACAUUGUGGCCGUGGGCUCCAUAGCCGGGCUCACCGUCUCUCUGUUAGGCUCUUUGUUCCCGAUGCCCAGAGUCAUCUACGCCAUGGCCCGGGAUGGACUGCUGUUCAGGUUCUUGUCCCACGUGUCUGCGUUCACACACACUCCUGCGGCGGCCUGUGUUGUGUCCGGGAGCUUCGCGGCCAUCCUCGCUCUGCUGGUGAGCCUCAGAGACCUGAUCGAGAUGAUGUCCAUCGGCACCCUGCUGGCCUACACUCUGGUCAGCGUGUGUGUGCUCCUGCUCCGCUACCAGCCUGACGAACAGAUCGACACUCAUCAGUUCAACUCCGGGGAGGGCGUGGACGGCCUGAAGCACCAGGACGAUGGGGCUGUCCCGACCAAAGACGACGAGAUGCUGAUUGGAGGCUCAGACGGCGAUGGAUCGUCGUCCUACCACACCGGCGGGAAUGAAGGCGAGGGUGACGACUCUGAAUUCCACACGGGUCAUGCCUCGUUGCUGAAAAGGCUUCUGGGAGGUCAUUACUACACCCUGAGGCUGCGGUUGGGAAUGCCCGAUGCAUCGGCCCGGCCCACUCCUGCCACCGGCCGCAUAGUGACCCGAUGCACCCUCCUCCUCUUCUUCAUGUCCUUCCUCCUCUGGUCCACCGUUAUAUUUGGCGUUGAGCAGGGGACGGGUGCCGGGGCGGUGUUUUCAGGCCUCACUGCCACACUGAUGGCGGGAUCCAUGGCGAAGCUUUUGGUUAUGAUCCUACAGCAGCCAGAGAGUGGGAGGAAACUGCCCUACAUGGCGCCCUGCGUGCCCUUCGUCCCUGCGGCGGCCAUAUUGGUCAACAGCUACCUCAUGCUUAAACUGUCUCCACUCACCUGGGCCAGGUUCAUUGUCUGGUGCUUCAUAGGUUUGUUGAUCUACGGUUGUUACGGAGUGUGGCACAGCACGCUGGAGCUCAACGCCCGGGAGCAGCAGGCGCACGCCAGCUCCUACCAGCGCUACGACGACCACCUCGACGACACCUUCUCCCCCGACGACGACCUUUACCCCCAGGACCAGGACGAGAGGCCCUACCAGGGCUGGUCUGCCCCGGAGGAGAGGGGAUACGACCAUCAGCAGCACAAUCAGGAGGAGAACCAGUGUGACGACCAGGAUGGAGAGCAGUAUCAGAGCCAGUAUGAGGAUAAUGGAGACCAGCAGGGGUACCAGUCUGGACCAGGAGGCCAGCAUGUGAGCAGGGGCAGCAGGUCCAGAGGAAGGACCAAUCACGGCUUUGAUGUGGGUGAAGAGGAGGACUGAAUGGAUCUUCCUCCAAACUGAAAAGAUCUGAAAUGAUGACUUUGAAAGUGCCUUCUUCAUGAGACACUGAAUCAAAUAAUCUCCAAGACAAGCAGUCACAUCACAAGAUUGUAUUUUAAUAUUCACCAGUGAAACUCUGCGUCUGCUCGGAGCGAACACCUGGGUAUCAUUAAAGAUGGGGGAGUGGACACCUCCCAUCACAGAUGUCUCACUGGACGAGCAGCUGCAGUAAAUUCUGGCGUCUCACCUUUUCUCACACAGCAACAACCCAACGGUAACCGCGAACCUCCGCCGACAUCUGUGCUGUGUUCUUAACUUCAGCCUCAAUUUGCUUCACAUCUGCGUGAGACACAGCGGGUUCACAAUGCAAAACUUCCCUCUGGAAAAGGGACAAUUUAGUGUUUCUCCUCUCCCUGGAAACUUUUAAACACCACACUAACAAAGUUUAUCUACAAAUCUGAUAAAAAAUGGGUUCAAACUGGCAAACUGAUGAUGAUGACCUCUGGUGUCUUCCUCCUCUCUCAACUCAGAUUCCUCCAUUAGCCAUCAGCCUAAAAGACAAACUUAUGGAACGACAGCUCACACAUUUUCUUUUGAUUUUCUUGUUCCUGUCGUUCCUGAAUGUCUCUGCAGUGACUUUCUGAAGCGCUGAAGGUCACUUUGUGUUGGUGUUUCUUGUUUGAGUGAAUGGUGUUUACAGUGACAGAGUGUUUGCUCUAUUUAGUGUCUGCAGCAACAAAUUGUGUUAAUGUGUGUAAAUGAGAAGGGUCGUUGUAUUUUUUUUUCGUGUU